AUGGAUAGCGAAAUCCAGAUUAAAAUGAAUAAAUUACAUAAGAAUAAAUAAAUGAAAUUCUAUAAGAAUAAUUCAAAAAGCUUAAUCUAGAACUGUAUUAAGAAAAACCAUCAUUAUCUUAAAGAAUAUGCUUUUUUUUUUUGUAUUUGGUUUUAAAUAUGUCUGCAUCUGUUGUUUUUGGAGUACUUAUGUGGGUUUUUUAUGACUAAGGGGAUAAAAAUGAUUACUGUGAGCAUGACGAACUCAAAAAGUGGGCAUAGACUACUGCAAUUAUGCUAUUUAUCUUAUCAGGAGUAUAAGCCAUAAAGACUAUUGAUGACAUUUUCCUUAAAUCAUAAUUUGAAACUAAUGGAAAACUUUUUUGUAUUACUAGACCAUUAGAAUCUUUACUUGGAAUAGGAUUAUUUGUUACUACUAUUGGAUUAACUAUAACUAAUAGUAGUGAUUGUGGUUAAUUUUACAAGCUUGUUUUAGCUUUCUGCAUAGUUUAUUAUAUUUCAUUAGGUUUUGGUGUAAUUAUUUUAAUAAUAUUUUUAUGUAAAUUUUUAUAAAAUAGUUGAUUUUAAUCUAUAAAUUUUAUCUUAAACAUUUUAUAUAAUUUAUUUUCAAAAUCAGCUAAAUGGAUAAAAGUUCUUUAGAAAAAAAGUAAUAAUCUUUUAUCUAAUUUUUAAAUUAAUUUGGUUAAUACUAUUAGUUUAAAGAAUAAAAAUCAAAUUUAUUAUUUAGCUAACUAAGUGUUUAAUUUACAAUUCUAAACAAACAUUAAAUGUUUUAAUGAUAAUUGAAUUCAAUUAUUAUUUAAUUUACCAAUAAAAUUAAAAUACUUAUUUGUAUUGGCUUUAAAUAAAUUAUCUUAAGUUCUUUACCAUUGAUUUUUUAAUUAAAAAAAAAAAGAUAAAUUUCAAUCAGAUUAAGAUCUAUAAAAAUAAAAGGAAUAUUAAUUUUAUUAUAAAAUAGCCAAAUAUAACCAAUUUAAAUUAGCAUAGCAUAUUUAAAUAUCAAUAAAAUCUAUAAAUAAAUCUAAAUUUUAUCAUAAAAAUGCAGAAUUCUACUUUUUAUGGAGCUUUUUCAGUUGGAUAGUCAUAAAGAAGUAAAUGGUAUAUAAAUUAGAAUAAGGAUGUUCCAUCUCCUAUUUAUAAUGUUAAUUUAAAGAAUAAACCUUCGUCUCCAAGAAUCAAAAUAGGAAAAGGAGAUAGAAGUUCUAUUAUUGAUCAAAGAAAAAUACCAGGACCAGGAUAAUAUGAGGAUUUGACAGCAAAAGAAAAUUAUAAAAAAGGAGUAAAAUUGUUAGGAAAAAACUAUAUUGAACCUUCAUAUGAUAAUGUGAGUCCUACUAAAUAUAGUCCAAGGACAAGAGUUAUAUACAAGACUUAACCCAGCUUUUCUUUUACAUACAGGUAAGGAGAAGUUUGGGCUAAAGAUACUCCAGGUCCUAACCACUAUUUUUAAAAUGAUACUACUUUUGAGAUAAAUGCUAGGAGUACAAGCUAAACAAAUGGAAAUAGUAUAAGCGAGUUAGAUCAAUCUUAAGGAAAUAUAUCAAAAAGGCAUAGAAAAAGUGUAGAUCCCAAUAGCCUUUAUAACAAAGGAUUUACUACUACUGAAAAAUUGUAGCUUCAUGAUAAUAAAGUUCCAGGAGUAGGUUUAUAUCAAAUAGAGAACCCAGAUAUAAGAGUUAAAACACCGGCAUAUGUAUUUGGAAAAUCAAAAAGAUCUUGUUCAUAUGCUGAAACGUCAACAUCUUAGCAAAAAAGUGAAUCAAUAUGGGAGUAACCAUUUUAACAUGUAUCGUAAGCAUAUAGAUAUUCUAUUGGAAAAUCAGAAAGAGUCAGUUUAGCUUUUUCUGUAAAUAACAAUAACCCAGGCCCAGGAUAAUAUGAACCUAAAGCUAUUCAAAAGAAUAUCGGAAUUUCUAUUGGACCAACAGCCAAUCAAGCUUAUGACGAAAGGGAAUAUGAUGAAAAAAAUAGAGAAGAAAGAAAAAGAAAAGAAAGGAUAGAUGAAGUUUUAAAGUAAAGGAGGAUACCUCUACCAGGCCCAUAAUAAUAUUAAGAAGUUUAUGCUUUAGAUAGAAAGAUGUUAGAAUUAAGAAUGAAAACACCCUAGAAUAUGGAAUAUAAUGAAAUAAAAAGAGCUUACUUACACUUAAAUGAUAAUCCAGGUCCAGGAGACUAUCAAUAAAACUACUAAGUCAUAAAGAGAUAAUCACCUUCUUUUCACAUAUAAGAGAGACCAUAAACAUAAAGAAGAGAAAUAGAAGAAAACCCAGGUCCAGGAGAAUAUGAACACAUUGAUACCUUUUCAAAAUCGUAGGGUCCUUUUUUUAAAAUAGGAAGAGGCUAAAGAUCAAAUCCCAUUAGAAAUAAAUAUAAAGUUGGGCCUGGAUCUUAUUUGAUAAAUAGAGAUGAAAAAGGUAACAGUUAUUCUAUUGGAAAUCAAGAAAGAUUUAGCUUUAAAAGCAAGAAGUAGCCAGGACCUGGAUAAUAUAAUAUUUCUGGAGAUAUCGGUAAGCUUCCAGUAUAUAUGUUGAAAAGAUAGCAGAAGAAGAAUGAUAGUUUAAAUAAAACAUUUAAUUUCAAUAACUACAGUGAAACAUAAUCAAUCAUUCACGAAUCUAGAAUGAAUAAAAGUGCUGCUAAAACAUAGAAAAGUCUACCACUAUCAGAAACUCAAAGUAUCCAAAAAUCACAGCCAUAAUCUCCAACAAGAAACAACUAAAACUUUGAAAUAAUUACAAAUCAAUAAAAUAAUAAUAAUUGA